UGUGGAUUGAAACUAACGACGAACAUAUUUAUAUUAAAUUUCAGUUAAAAUGCUUCAUGGCUUAUAUGCGCCUCUAAGUCAGGUAAUGACAACAGAUUCUGAUUCGGAAGAAGAAAUUCACAAUUCAUCAAAACACAGACAAUUGCAGCAAAACAACCGAUUAGGAAAUAGAAAUCCACCAAACAGUUUGGCUCUAUACCAAAAUCAGCAACAAGCUUUGCAAUUAGAACGUCAAAAACAAUUAUUACAACAACAAGAAUACUUGCAACGUCAAAAAAGUAUUAAACUGAGUAAAAUCGCUAACGGUCACAAUCAGCAAGUUAGUUACACACCAAGUAUAGAAAACUUUCGUUCUGUCAUGAUGUCUGAUAUCGGAUUUAACGUUGAUGCAACUCAUUGCGAUCCAACGAAUAAUUUUUCUAGUGUGAACAGUGACAGUAAUUACGAUGAUCGUAACAACGCAGAUGCUGAUAACGUUGCUAUUUUAGGCAAUAAUGAUUCGAAGGAAUCUCAAGAGCCAAUGUCUCCAGCACGAAAAUUUUGUUUCAUAGCGUCCUUAGUGUUGUGUGCUUUUGCGGUAUUUGGCUUUGUUUGGUUGGUACCUUGUUAUGAGAGUUCAACAUGUCCAGCUCCAAUAGAUCGCAUUAAAACACAUAAUUGGUUCAACAAUUAUACAAGCAUCGAGCUAAAAGGUGGUGUUAAUAUUGUAAGCGGCUUACGUUCUUGGGAAAAUAAUUUAAUCUUUUUAUAUCGUGGUGAUGUAUUCUUUCCGGAAUUCCGAAGAAGUAAUAAUAAACGUCAUGGUAUUAUAUCAUUGAUUGGGAGUUCAGGAGUUGUAGCUUGGUUUGAUGAAUUGGUUGAUGAGCCCGUUGCAAUCGAUUGUACACUAGUUGAUGUAGAUCGCAAUGGUAGACCUGAUUGUCUUAUAUUGGAUGAAUAUGGUCAGUUAGGUGCAAUCAAUCCUAUUUCAGGUCGAUGGCUUUGGCUUUUUAAAGAGAGCUCUGCACAUAAAGUAGAUGCUCUAGAUUUUCCCAUAAUCCUACCUGAUUUGGAUGGUGAUGGUAUACUCGAAAUAUUGAUAGUCACCAGUGAAAGCUUGAAACAGAGAACAAAAAAUUUUAUGCAUGUUGGGGAAAUUAAUAAAAACUCUCAAAAUAAAGCAGAUCGCAAUUAUUUACGUAUUCUUUCUGGUGGUUUUGGAAAACCAAUUGGAGAAGGUUUCAAGAUUCAUGAUUGUGAAAUAAUACGGAAAUUGCAAUUGGAAAACUCUGAAACAAUUACUUACAACUGUUUACGCAAUAACACUGAGGCACAACGUUCCAAAACGUUAUCCGAACUGUUUGCUUUAGUUACCAACAAAUCAAUUGAAAAGAAAUUAGCUCCAACUUCAAAAAUAUCCCAAUACCGCCAUUAUGGACAACGUAAAGAUAUUGAUGCACAAAGGAAUAUUUACUCGCUUAGUGGCCGCGAAUUAGUAGUCGAGAAUCGUGGCAAGUGUCCAGAAGAUUGCAAUGUAACAUUCAUAUUGAGUGAAAACAAGAACGGGAAAAGCGUUGUUUUAAAAAAUUUCACUAAUACCGGUAUGUAUGGCAUGGUACCGGCUCAAUGGCAUUUUAAAAACACUAAAACUAAAAUGUCUGGAUUCGUGAUGAAAUUUUGGAAAUGGCAAAAUUUGAAAUCUGCACAGAAUAUGACCAAUGAUAAUAAUAUGCCACAGAAAUCAUUUGCAGUAAAAAAGAACAAAACACACGUCACUAAAGAUAAUGCCAUUAAAUCGACAAGACAGGAUAUAAAUCAAUCAAAUGGCACUAAGAAAUUGCGUCGCAAACGUGAGCAUGAACAUGAUUUUCCUGAACAUGACUUCGAUGCUUUCCAUCAAACCGUACACAAGCGAAGUGCUUACGAUAUACCGGAAAUGUUAGUAUCACGCAGUCUUACAAACAUUUCCAAAAAGGGUAGCCAGUACUUGGUAGAUAACUAUAAAAUGCAAAUGAUCACGGAAUCUGAAAUAAUUGUAUUAUUCAUUGGUGGUGAUACACAUAUCGAAAAUACUUCUCAGAGUGAUAUUGUACAGUUCUGUUAUGAUCGCAAAGAAUUAGUGUGCCAACCAGACUUAAACAAUCAAGAGAAUUCAAUGCUAAUAGCAGAUCUAGAUCAAGACAACUCUCAAGAACUGGUCUCAUACAUGUCCACAUUCGUUCAGUCCAGCACCGAACCACAAACAUGGAAUUUGGUUACCUAUGUGCGUUUGUUGCGUUUGCAAUCAGAGUUGCCAGCAUUUUUUAACGACAAAAAUUAAAUAUAUUUUGCAUUUGUGAUUUAAUCUACUUGAUUAUUAUACAUUUUUUGUUUUAUAUAUACAUAUUAACCAUUAGUCCAAAUAUUGUAGCAUUGAAAUAAUAAAAUAAUCA